AAAAUCAAAAGAAUUAACUAAUCAAUCAAUUAAUACCAUAAUACAAUCAGAUAAAUUAAAUAAAUCACAAAAAACCAUUGUACAAGAAAUAAUUAACGCUAGCAUGGUCACUAAUUUAAAAAACAGACGAUAUUCAGAAAAUUGGAUAUUGUUAUGUGUGUUAUUGAAAAUAAGAUCAUCUACCACUUAUAAUUUUUUAAGGGAGCAAGACAUUUUGCCCCUCCCUUGUCUAAGGACUAUAAGAAAAUAUUUAUCUUUGAUAAAUAUUGAGUGUGGUUUCGACAAAAAAUUUUUUCAACUUUUGAAAAAAAGAGUAGGUGUACUUACACGUGAACAAAAACACGGAAUGCUAGUAUUUGAUGAGAUAUUUUUGAGGGAGAGUUUUAAUGUUAAUUCUCAGACGUUAACAUAUAAUGGUUUGGAAGAUUUUGGCGGUGAAAUAGAUCCCUCCGGGUUAAAAGCCAACCAUGCAUUGGUUUUUAUGUUUCAAAGUCUGGCUUUAAAUUUUACGCAGUCAAUAGCAGUCUUUGCAUCAAGAGGACCCGUAAAAGAUUUUAUGUGUUGUGUUUUAUGUUUCAUUUAUGAGUACAGAUAGUAUUUAUAUAGAUAUAUGGAAUAGUUUUGGCACAAUUGGUUAUCAAAGCUAUAUCUCUGCUGGAG